GAAAACAAGAUAACUAAUGCCCGGACUUCUGUCAUCCGCUUUAUUUAUACUCGAUUUUAAUUUUGAAAUUACAAUGAGAAUAUAAUGAGAUUUGCAUAAUAAAACAUUUGAAUGAGAUAAAUUUGAGUUUGUUUACAUCUGAGCGGAAGUGCGAUAAAAUGGCUUCUCAUUAUUGGUUGUCUGUGUUGUUGGUGUUAAGCCACAACUUGUUGGACUGCACGUCGGCGGCGGUGCACGGGAACAGCCUGGAGAAUGCGGAGCGCGAGUCUGAUGGCAGCUACCGCGCGCGCGACGCGGAGCACUACGGGGACUCGGGCCACAACGUGGAGUUCGACCACGAAGCCAUUUUAGGUAGUGUAAAGGAGGCUGAGGAAUUUGACAAGUUGAGUCCCGAUGAGUCGAAGGAGCGUCUGGCGCAGCUGCUGCCACGGAUGGACAUCAAUGGAGACAAGCACAUUGACCGCAAGGAACUCAAGCAAUGGAUCCUGAACUCGUUCUCAGAAGAUGGUGACGAUUCAAAUCUGUCAAAUGAGGAAGCUGAAGAGCGUUUGCAAGAGGCAGAUGACAACAAGGACGGCGUGGUGACGUGGCAGGAGUACCUGCAGGACACCUUCGGAGCCGACACCGAGGAAGAGGUGGCUGCUGACGACACCAAUGACGCCGGCUUGCUGGUAGCGGAAGAGAAGGCGAUGUGGAAAGCUGCAGACACCAACGGAGAUGGAAGUCUUGACCACAAGGAGUUUGAGGUAUUCACAAACCCUGAGGAGCACGCGGUAAUGCAUCCGUUCCUAAUCAACCAGACGCUGCGAGAGAAGGACACCAACAAGGACGGGCGCAUCGACUUCCAGGAGUACAUCGGCGACAGAGGUUCGCAACAAGACCGCUCGUGGCUGGUCUCCGAACGCGAGAAGUUCGACCACGAGCUGGACACGGACCACGACGGGGUGCUCGACAUGAACGAGAUACAUCAGUGGGUCAUACCGAACAACGACGAGAUAGCAGACGAGGAAGUGGAUCACCUCUUCCAGUCAGCGGACGAUGAUAGGGACGACAUGCUGUCCUUCGAGGAAGUCAUCUCACACUACGACGUAUUCGUGGGCAGCGAGGCGGAUUACGGUAACGACAUCCUCGGCGACCACUUCGACGACGAGCUUUGAGUCCGACACGCCCGCAGGCAGCUGCUCCUAUGGGCGGGGCCCCUAACCUUCUGGGUUACCCUCACACACGGCGUCAUAGUCCGUUGCCUGAGACACUGCCAACGCAAAGCCACACGCAGAAUCAAUACAGACGACACGAAAAUCAAAAUAGACGACACAAAAACGUUGUUCGACGCCGUAAUCCACACCCGUUACAGUGAUAGUGAAACAAAUAUCGGGUCUGUCGUCAAAAAAUUGGUCUUGAAAAAACGACCGCUCAAGAAAAAGGUUUUGAAAAAGAAUCGAUUUCACAAGUAAGUUAACCCUUUACUAACCCCACGGACAGAGAUCAUGGGCCAUUGAUGGUUCAUAAUAGGUAAUUUCCAUACAUAAAAUAUCGCACUUGUCCAGGGGUUCUGACGCUAACCGACAAGGGGGGGUUAAAAAGGCCGUAUUACAAUUCAUCUAAGAAAUCAACAUAACACUUGCUUUUAUAUGCGCAAAUGUCAAAUUGCAAUAUUGCUACCUACUUAUUACUUUAUUUUUAUAUUGUUGCUUUUUAGAUGAAUUUCAAUGCGGUCUUUUUAACCCCCAAGGAUACUUUGCCAUAAUCUGAACUGAACCAGUUGUUGCAAAUGAAGAAUGUAUGGAGAUGGUGCGCAGGGCAGUUAAAAAGGCAACAUCUAGGUAAUUCAUCUAAAAAAUAAAGAUGAUCCGUGCUUCAGAAGGGACGCUAAGCCGUUGGUCCCGGUUACUGUUUACUAAUGCAAAAGGAUAAAGCAUAGGAAAGUGCGGUGCGGCUUGAAGAGUAUAAAUACAUUAUGCAAUAAAUACAUUUGAAUUUGAAUUUAUAGGUUGACAGGGACCUUGUGUCACUUAGAUGACACUGUCAGAACCCUGAGGCGUUAAAAUGGCCACAUCGAAACAAUUCAUCUAAGAAAGCAAUAUUGCAAUUUGACAUUUGCGCAUAUAAAAGCAAGUGCGCAAUGCAAACAAUUGCUUCGAUGUGGCCAUUUUAACCCCCCUGGUCCCGGUUACCUGGCAACCCUAUAUGGAGAUGAUGAUGAGGCCUAACACUUACCCGGAUCGUGUUAUAUGUACAAUUUAGUAGCUAAGCCGAUAAAUAGCUUCUUGCCUUUUUGUAUGAAGUCAGAAACUCGUUUUUAAAACUAUCGCCGUCCUUCACUUGCGAUAAGUAAAAGAAAGAGAUAGCGGUUAGUUUUAGAAGUCCCGAGUUGUAAAAUCGAUACCAUUGUAAGCCUACUGUCAUCCAUCAGGACAAUUAUACCCUUAAAACGAUGUGUCUACACUCAGCGGGAUCCCCUGUCUGGGAGACAUAAGAGUGAUGCAGAGAAUUAGAUCUGGAUUUGUUCUACUGAAUUAUGCCAGCGGGAUAUUUACCAAAGUUAAGUCUGAUGAAGUAUAAAUUGGUAUUAACUUUUAGAUCUGUAUUUAUUCUGUUCAACAAAACAAAAAAAUACUUCUGACAUCCUUACUUCAGCUACAAUCAAGCUCCAGUCAGCGGACUUUUUCGCUGAGUGUAGACACAUCUUAAAACGUAGGUUAGAAUGUGAGCAGGACAGAUAUAGCACAUCGCGUAGCACGAAAGAGACGAGAGAUAUGUCUCUUUCGCACUAACGGUAUACAGCUUAGUAUGAGUGAGACGAAAGAUAUGUCACUACCAUGCUACGUUUUAGGGUAUAAUGAACGUUAUCAGGGGCAAACAUGUCAUUUGCCCGACCAAGUUGUGAAUGCCGUUCGAAGUAUUCCAAUGCCCACGAGAGGUGCUACAAAUCACUUCCUUAUAUUUAAAUAUUUACUUAAUUUAUCGCUAAGUAAGCGUCGUUAGUUUACUAGUCAUAAUUUGUUUACACGCUUUAUUUUAAAUUAACUAACUGUAUCUUUAUUUAUCGUAGAAUGUCAUUUCCUAUUUUAUUCAUAAGUGAAAAUAUAUACACACUGGUGCUAAUUCCUGUAAACACCAUCUAAUUUUAUUUUAAGUUAUAUCUGUCAUUUACUUAUCCGCCGAAAAGGAAAUUUAUGGAACACACGUCAAAUUUAAGCACAAAUCUAAAACAACCGUCUAAAAAUUUUACAUUGUCCAAUAACCCAACAGAAUUAAGUUGACAGCACACGUCAAACGGUUUGCAUACCAUUUUUCAUUCGCCCGGGUUGUUCAUUUACUCAUUCUUCCUAAAAUUAAGAGCUGUCAAUCAUCCGUCCCUUUCCUUUUGGGCGGAUAAGAAAAUGACAGGUAUAACUUAAGUAAAAUUAGGAGGUGUCUGCAGGAAUCGGGGCCACUAUAUACUUGUUUGAAUAAGCUGAAUAGUAUCUGAUGAGUAAAUGCAUAUUUAAUACCAAGGAGGGACCUACAAGACAAUAUAGAUGGCGCUGUACAGAUUUUACUUCCUUAAACCUUCUAAUUUCAUGGAUAACAGACAUACAUAUUAUUUUCGAGUAUAAAUGAUGACACUUUUUAUUACACCCAAGCAAAAUGAUAUCUUCUACCCAUUAUUCUCUCUCUCUCUUUAUUUAAGAGCUGCGCUCUUGUCGGUGGAGUAAUCGCCAUUUGUCUCUUCCCGCCAAAACCUUCACCUCCCGAUACGACACGACCUGCACCUUCUCUUUUAUUUGUUUCAUAAAUGUUCUCCUAGGUCUACCCCUUCCUCUCUUCCCUUCAAUUUUUCCUUCUUUAAUGUUUGUUUUAAAUGAAUCGUGUCAUAUCAGGUGGCCAAUCGUAUUCCCAUACCCCUUAUUAUUCUGAUCAAAAUAAAGAGAAGCAAUAUAGGUAUAACUCCCGGCAAACUUCUUGAGCAUCGAGUGUCGUAGUGGGGGAAAGUUCGCGCACGUACACUUCCGUGCAAAAAAAUGAACUUUUGAUUAUUUUCUUAACUUCAUUAAAAAAAACAAUUAUUAUAUUAUUUAAUUAUGUAAAUAAAACUAAACUUAUAUUAUUAUAGUUUAUUAAAACUUAUAUUAUAUUACCAUAUUUAAUAAAAAACUAAUCGUCAGGUAAGUAACCAGCAAUACCAGAGCUAGUGCUUGGUUUUGGAUCUGUAGACAUAGACCUCGUGCUAGUAACAAAUUCUUCAACUUAAACAAAUGAGCAAUAACAACAAAAAAACUAACAAAAGAGCAAUAACAAAAACGUGACAGUUUCACUGCACGCAAGUGUAUUCGGGAGUCAAAGGGACGAAGACAAGAGUGCGCGGGGGAAGUAUCGACUGAUCUACCAAUAGCCGGUCGAUGCGGGACUCACCCGCCCCCGCGCCCCGUACCGCACCACCAAAGAGAUCUAAAAUUCGGUUGUGCGCAGUCAAGGUCGAUGCUCAAGAAGUUUGCCGGGACCUAUAGCAACAACGAAAUAAUUAUGUACCGAGUAAUGAGAAAAUAGGUAAUUAUCACGAUAAAUUUCGACAACGCCAUCUAUAUUAUUUUUGGGGAACGUAGCCUCGAAAGUCCCAGUGCGAGUUAAUUUACGCUAAUAGGGUUCUGUAACUUUAAUAAUGUUAAUUAUUAAUUUGUACUCUUGUGAGCUAAAAUUAAUAAUACAUAUUUUACAGUAACAUUUUAUUGCAAACAUUGAACCCUAAUAGCGAAUACUAUACUAUACUGGUAAGGUCACGAGCAUUAAUAUGUAUACACUUUGGUACCAUGUCACAUUAACUUUUUUGACAAAUUGAACUGUAAGUCUCACUAAAUGUCAAAUAUGUUAGUACGACAGUCCUAAAGUGGGUACAUUAUAUUGCUCAUGACUGUACAGGUUUUGGCAGAUGAUGUUUAAUUUUAUUUUAAAACAAAAACAAACACGUCUCUAAAAUUGUGCCGUCGUGCCACUUACAAUAAACUGUAAGCAACAGAAUUUAAAGGACAAUGACCGUAACUGAAUGAGACUCGUCCCCCCUACCAAUAGAUACUUUAUACGUGUAAGCAGUUUCAUUAGUGUCUAUAAAAAAAUACCAAUUAGUUAUAGCUUCAAAAUCCAUGGGGUUUAGAAAUAAAAUAAAAAAAGAUCAUGCCCAGGAGGUACCCUAAAUCAUACUUAAAAACCUGAAUUCCAGCUAAACCCCGCGUAUUUAGAGAAAGUCGCCAUAUAACAAAAAUAUCGAAUCGCUAAGACGCUUCGAAUGAAUAUGUCUGGAAUCUGUUGGUGGAGGGGGAUGUUUUGACUCAUUGUCCUUUAGUUUGACAGUUUUCAAAGUAGCUUUAUCUCUGUCUUGCACUCGUCGUAAGUGAAGGACGGCACUAUUUUUAGAGCUGUCAUUAAGUUUUGUCUGCCAAAAUCGUCAGCUAUUUUAAUUUUAAGACUAUUUUGCUUUGUGUUGUCUUAGUGAAGUUAUAAACAAACAUUUAUCUCUAAAGAAUCAAAAUCUCACUUUAUAAUGUUUAGUUUACCGUACAGUCGUGAGCAAUAUAAUGUACCCACUUUAGGACUCUGUCGCACUAACACAUUUGACAUUUAGUGAGACUUAGUUCAAUUGGACAAAAAAGUUAAUGUGACAUGGUACCAAAGUGUAUACAUAUUAAUGCUCGAGACCGUACAUACCCCCUCCAGUUGAUUGAGGGGACGUGCCCAGCUGUGGGACGAUAUAGGCUGUCUAUUUUAGUGUCAAUAGUUAAGUGUACUUAAUGGUGCCUAUUCUGGCGGCCACAAACAUAACCUAAUGUUGGAUUGACAGCUUUGAGUAGCUCUGUCCUUCACUUUCAAUAGGUACAAGAAAGAGACAGAGCUAGUUUUUGUCCUGUCAAAAAGUUAUAAUUGGUGGCCCGAAUCGGCACCAGUCUCAGACCAAACGUGAGAGAGUAACUACAAUACAUACAUACCUAAACUCACGCCCGUAAUCCCUAAUGGGCUCGACAGGGCCACAAGUAACCAAAGACAACUCGCAGCCACUGUUGAUACGAAAUCCUAAGAUGGAUAUGAUGGACUUUACGGUGACAAGGGAUCAGAUUAUCUCCCAUAAUUGUCCAUCAUGUUAGAGAACACAAUUCUCUCCCAGUCUAGCAUAGAAGUAACUACAAGGAUUUUUAACUAAUGAACAUGGACAGAUGACCAAUCUAACUUAAUGAACCAUUAUAAUGGAUGGAAUGGAUUAUUUGUCUGAUCACCUAUCGCCAUAACGUUCUUAGAACUGUAUCAAAAAUGUCUGCAAGUUAUCAGAACUUACACUUGUGGCUCUGCCUACCCCAUUACGGAUUGAGGGCAAGUUUAUGUAUGUGUAUAAUCCGGAAUGUAUUGUCUGAAUGUUUGUAACAGCAUGGUAUGUUGUAUUUUGGAUCUAAGUGAUCUAACUGUAGGAUAUAGAAGGUUGAACCGUUUCAAUUACUAGGUUAUAAAAAAGUUACAUUAAAUUCAUCCUUUUUACAAGCGUAGUAGAAGUUGAACAAAAAUGGCGGACGACCGCACGGGUAGCGUCGCUGGUUGUCAUGGUUACGCGCUGCCCCUCGCGUCCCUCAUACCGCACUUCAAUUGCGACCCAAUAAUGUCACUGGGCAUUCAAAGUCAUUAUUCAACUUAUACGUCGUGGAUUACGCCAUAUUUAAAUGUUCUAAGAGUUAAAAGGGUUCCUUUUCUGAUUACGGUACCCUAAAAUAAAAAUGGAGUUUCCACAUUUACAAUCUAUAAAUAAUAUAAUACUUGUACAAAUAUAAACUUAUACUGUUCAAUGACGAUAGUGGCCAUAAUUAAAAAGUUAAUUAUUAAAAAGUAGUGAUUAAAUGUUUGUACAAUAUUAAACACUAAUUAUAAUAAUUAUAAAUAUUUUAGGUGUUAUGAUCACUGACUGUUUAAGACGUAGUUACUCUCGUUUUAUGUACUUUUAAAUGUGACUAAUUACAAAUAAAUACUAUUUAUUAUA